GAUGAAACAGAUCUUCAGUCAGUUUUAUGACUUUGAGUAACGCUUUGUGCAAUGGAGUCUUUCGGAAUCACAAGUAUUCUCCUGGUCUUUGUGACUUGCCUUUUUUUCAUGUCAUUCUGGAGAAAGACUUCUCAAAGUAGGAGGCUGCCUCCUGGCCCUUACCAUCUCCCACUGAUUGGAAACUUUCUGCAGCUGGAUACCAAGAAUUUCCCCAAAUCUUUGGAGAAGCUAAGUGAGAAGUAUGGACCAGUAUUCACCAUCUACUUGGGCUCUACACCAGCUGUGGUGCUGUAUGGACAUGAUGUAGUGAUGGAAGCCUUGGUUACACAAGGAGACCAGUUUGGUGGCCGAGGAGAAUCUCCCAUACUUAUGAAAACUGCCAAUGGAACAGGAAUUGGCUUCAGCAAUGGGGAAACAUGGAAACAACUCCGUCAGUUUGCAGAGACUACACUGAACAUGUUGGGUGUGGGCCAGAAUAUUGAGAAGAAAAUCCAGGAGGAAGCUGUUUUCUUAGUGGAGAGACUAAAGAGCACAAAUGGAAGGACAUUUGAUCCCACCCACUUCCUCAGCCAGACAACAACCAACAUCCUAUGUUCAAUUGCUUUUGGGAAACGCUUUAAUUAUGAGGACAAGGAUUUCCUGAGAUUCCUUCACUUGUUGAACGAAAAUGCUCACCUUCAAUCCUCCACAAUGACAAAGCUGUACAAUAUUUUUCCAACAAUCUUGGAUUAUCUACCUGGAUCUCAUCAGAAGAUAUUUAAAAAUACAGACGAGUUAAAACAGUUUGUUGCAAGGCAGGUGAAAAUGCACCAGGAGAUUCCACAGCCUGAGCAUCCAAGAGAUUUCAUCGAUGCCUUUCUUAUCAAAAUGGAGCAGGAGAGCCAAAACAGUGACUCUGUCUUUGAUCUUCAGAGUUUGGUGAGGAGCACAUUAGACCUUUUCACUGCAGGAGCAGAAUCAACCAGCCUUGUCCUGAAAUAUGGACUCCUGGUUCUCAUGAAGUACCCCAAAGUUCAAGAGAAAGUUCUUCAAGAAAUCGAUUGUGUGAUUGGCCCAUCACAAAGACCCUGCGUGGCAGAUCUUGAUAAGAUGCCCUAUACAGAUGCUGUAAUCCAUGAGAUUCAUCGGUGCCUGGCUCUUGUACCACUGAACGUGCCACGUGCUGUGAUCCAGGAUACUUUCUUCAGGCAGUAUUUCAUUCCCAAGGGAACUACGGUAUUUCCUGCUCUGAAGUCUUCCUUGUAUGACAGUAGAGAAUUCCCCAACCCACAGCAAUUUGAUGCUGGGCACUUCUUGGACAAAAAGGGAGCUCUGAGACAGAGUGAAUUCUUCAUCCCUUUUUCCACAGGCAAGCGAGUUUGUAUUGGCAAGAAAUUGGUAGACAUCACAGUAUUUGUGGUCCUGACAACUAUUCUGCAGCAUUUUACUCUGAAGCCAUUGGGGGAUCCAGAUGAUCUUGAUAUAUCGCCAACAACCGGAUUCCUGACAGUUGCUCCCAAAUCCUACCAGCUCAGCGUUGCCCCUCGCUGAACAGAAUCCCCCAACCAACUAUACCGUGGCAAACACUGCAAUUGUUUUCACGUCAGGCCUUGAAGCUUCUGAUCCAACAUCUGAUACAUAAUGCUUGAAAGAAAAGUCAUUUAUUUGAAUGUUACCUUAUUUUUGUGGAUUGCUUUUAAUUUUUGGUUGCCCUAUAAAGUACAUGAUCUUCAAAAAGGUGAAAUAUAAAUGUUUUAAAAACGAAAAACAGAUUUUGAGCAAGUGAUGAUUACAAGAGUUCUGUGAAAUGCACCUAUCCAAGGCAGCAGGUAAAUGGAGAGGCAGAAAAAGCCUUGUUUUCUCCCCAUGUGCUUUAUUUAUUUAUCUAUUUAUUAUUUGAAUUUAUACAGCCACUCACUUGACAUAUAAGAAAAUAGCAUAAGAACAUAAGCAGUGCACUGCUGGAGACCCCUGGCCCAUCUAGUCCAGCUGUCUAUACUCACAGUAGACAAUCAACUACACAAGGAAGGUCUCCCAGCAGAUGGCCUUCAGAGGCAGUCACUCCCUGUUAUAGUACCCUGCCUAAAGGCUAUAGCACUAGCUUCAUAAACCUUUUUAUGAAUUACUCCUCUAAGAAAAAGACAAAAAAGGGCUGGUUUCAAAAAAGGGUUGGACCAGCUUAUGGAAAUCUUGGGGAUCAAUGGCUAGUAGCAUUGAUUGAAGUUUGACUGCUUCUGAAGGCCUGCUAGGAGGCUAGUGGACUUCCUUGUGCAGUUAGUUGGCCGCCGUGAGAACAGAUGGGCCAGGAUCAGAUCCAGCAGAACACUACUUACGUUCUUAUGAUCUUAUGUUCUCACAAAAAGGACUGCUUCUCUAAAGAACUGAAGAAAAGAAAGGAAUUGGCUCCUAUCUAUUAAUCCUAAUUAGACAUGAAAGUUUGUUUACUACCAAAACAGCUAAUAAAAAUAUUGUUAUUAUCAGGGAAAGGGAUAUCUACUAAUCCUUAAUGAUAGGCUUACUGCUCAGUAAUGUAUAUCUUUAUUUAGUCCCUUUGGAGUUCAUUAAGCU